CAUCUCAACAAUUAUUCUACAUAAUGAUGCCUAUGGAAAUAAUCGGAAUGUGUCCGUAUUGCAAGCGAGGAGUGACUAAGGACCUGCAACCAGUCAAUAAUCCCAAUGAGACGUUGGCCCAGAAGAUGACUUCCGCCUUGGAGAAAACUGAUCCAGUUGAUCAGCACUAUUUAAAUAUGACUCAUGAACGCGAAGAAAAGAAGAAAUCCGAACUGAAGUGCGAUUGUAAGUUUCAUGGCAUCGAUCACGUUGACCAGAGCGGUCUAAUUAGGGCUCAUGAACGCGAAGAACAGAAGAAAUCCGAAUUGAAGUGGGAGUGUAAGUCUCAUGGCACCGAUCACGUUGACCAGAGGGUUCCAAUUAGGGCUCAUGAACGCGAAGAAGAGAAUAAAUACAACUUGUGGGAGUUCCCAUUUAGGGCUCAUGAACGCGAAGAAGAGAAGAAAUUCAACUUUUGGGAGUAUAAGUCUCCUGGCACCGAUCACGUUGAACAGAGCGAUCCACGCAAAAGACAGAAGAUGUCCGAAUUUGUGUGCGAGUGUGUGUAUCGGUACCCUAGUGUUUCGAAUUACAUCAUUUCGAUUUACGCAAAGAAUGAGACAGAUCGUAAGCAAAAUGAAGAUGUCGAACUUUGCGUUUCUUGUCAUAAAGCCCUAGUGGCCUCGGUGCUGGUGAUACAUCAGAAAAUGGCACGGCAACCAGAGGCUACGUGUAGUAUGUGCGGCGGGCGCCGUCCGGAUUAGUCCGGACGGGCUUACAAA